AUGCCAGAAGGUCUGGUACUGCUUGUCCCCCCUCGCCCGCAGAGCCCAACUUGCCAGAAUUCUCAUUGGAAAUUCCACAAGGAAGGCUGUAUCCCUGAGCACGUCACAGGUGUCACAAUCUACUGCAAUGGAGAACGGAAACCGGAAAGAUUCUCUGCCAGGUUCGGUGUCCCAUUGCUAAUCUUCAGGAAAGAUUCCCUGCCUGAACCAUUUAGACCUUGGAGAGGUACUGAACAAGACCCAAGUUCUCUGGACAACCAAGAAGCAACAUACCUGAUGAUCUCCACACAAUUUGGCCUUGCCCCACUCGAAUGGCAGUGCCAAGUUGGAACGGUCACCGUUGUGCGAGCGGAUUACAAGCCCCUCACCCCCGCCGAGCUUGAGACUAUCUGGGCAUACAUAUCGCACUUGAUCUCUAACUAUUAUGGCCUAGGUGACCGAGACCCGGAUGGAUCUGUAGCAAGGGCGCAGAUGACCAAGGAAAAAUUCCUUGCUUUCAGCGAGCUCUACAAGGAGGAAUGCAUAAAGAAGGGACGUGCCGAAUUCAAAAAUCUCGUUUUACCGAUUGGCAAAUAG